GUCCUCGGAAGGACUAGACCACAACACAACACACACGUCCUAUUCUAGUAAAGCGCCUGCAAUAAUUUUUAGCUCCGUUCUCCGGUAUCCCCAAAUACUAUCCCUCGGAAUUGGGCGAAACAAACAUACCUACAUUCUCAAAGGAACAUAAUAACCAGGCCUUCGUCAUUGAACAAAAGUCAUACGAAUAUUAUGUUGUCGGAAUCAUAAUUCUCGACCCGACUAAUCACUCCUACGUCGACACCCAGCUCUAAAGCUCUUUGAUGCAGAGCAUUGUGGAAGUGUGCACGAUGUUCUCCUAGUACGGUGCUUCAAAGUUUUUACGGAAGUCGGGCAUAAGUCUGGUACGAGGCGUCGAGGCAACCAGCUCAAACACUGUAGGAGACCGAGCUACGUACGAACAGUUUGCAGGGUUUACCAGUGUUAACAGAAUACGCAAGGUGUUUCUAUAUCGGAGCAUAUAUUGACGCCACAUAGUCUAUCGAGAUGACUUUGGACUGAGGCAGACAAGCCUCUGAGAUACUCUGGACCUUCGUCAACUAAUCGACUAACUAUUACCUGUUUUAGGUUAGUUGGAAUCGUUCCACGGUCAAAGUCCUCCUAGAAACAGGUCCAUCUCCUACAUGGCAGUGCGAGCACUUCGUAUACUUGGACUUAGGUCGCUAAAUCCAAAAGCCGAGGCAACCGAUACACUACGGUAUUGCGUUCUUGGGAACACUCAAGAAAGAUAGUGUAACUAAGGAGACAAGCUAAGGCAACAGACUUGAAAGUUCGUUCCAAAAGCUCAAGAGACUGGGAGUAGCAUUUACGCUACGCUAUGACCCUUCUUUCUAAGUUAUGUCGCCUUUACACCUCUGUGGCCCCUCCCAGCCCCCUCCCUCCUCAAAAUUCUGUUCAUGACUGGCGAGCUAACAGGGGUAGAUCGCAUUAGGGGAUAGGCCGAGGCGAUGACUUGCCAUGUCAUUUCUUGGCUUAGUACCGCGGAUCUCCUUAGUGGCACUAGGCUCGCUGGUUAAAAACCGUAGGUUAAAUACACAGUCCACAGCAUCUAACUGUAUUGCUGUACUGUAACAUUGUCUGGCUAAUCACGAAACAAUGCAACUCUCUACGAUUUUGGUUUUUGUGUCUCUCUUAACGAGAGUGCUAGCGCAAUUGAAUCUUGGAGUGAUCUUCUCAGAGCUUCCUGCUUGCUCGAUAUCAUGCUCUGAGAAGUUGCUUCAAAUGGUGGAAUGCCAUUUUGAUGAUAUUCAAAGCUGCUUCUGCAGGAAUACCACCCUGCGGGGUCAACUCGCUGCCUGCAUACAAACAUCUUGUAAUCGCACGGAGCAGUAUACUGCGAUAUCCGUCUCGCAAAACCUCGUCUGCAAAACUGUCCCACAGCCAUCUCGGAGUGCAGAACUUAUCCGAGUAGUUACCAUUUUAUCGGCAAUUUCCUUUCCAGUAAUUAUACUGAGGAUUUACUCCCGCUUCACUGUUGCAUAUAUUUGGUGGGAUGAUUGGGCCAUAGUUGCAGCUGGUGCACUUAUGAUACCGAUGUCAGUUAUUCCAAUAUAUAAUGCCACACGAGGCUUCGGGAAACAUGUGUGGGAUGUUCCACCGGAGAAUACAAUCUCUCUACAACAGCUCUACUAUACAUCUCAAAUACUCUACGCGGUAGUCCAAGGUCUGGCCAAGAUCUCACUUCUCCUUCUAUUACUGCGCAUCUUCCAGGGUAAACGCUUCCGACUUUUUACCAAGAUCUUCAUAGCCUUAAUUACCUGCCAUGUCCUCGCAUUCUUCAUGGUCAUUACUUUGCAAUGUAUCCCCAUUAGUGCAAUUUGGGAUUUAGGCGUGAAAGGGAAGUGUAUCAAUCCAACUGUUGUGGUUUUCGCCGGGGCUGGGUUCAGCAUUUUUGAAGACAUUGUGAUUAUGCUACUUCCUGUCAGAGAGUUGAAGGGACUGAAUCUUACUCUGAAGAGGAGACUGGCGGUCAUAUUCAUGUUCGCAUGUGGUUCAUUUGCAUGCGUAACCAGCAUGGUCCGCCUGAAAUAUAUAUUCUCUUACCAAGUCCAGUCCCUCGACGCAACAUGGGGCAGCAUCGACGUAGUGAUCUGGUCUAUACUCGAGGUCUACACGGCCGUGAUCUGCGCCUGCCUAGUCGCCAUCCGACCGCUGCUGACCAAAUACAUGCCCACUGUUUUCCAGAGCACGCUCGCAAAAAGUACCUACAGCAUCUUCCGUCCCUGCAAGAUGAAUCCCAAACCAGCAGGCGCCCACUGGAGCCAAAAUCCCGAAUCAGCGAUUGAGCUAAAGACCGCGGGGAGCGGCAAGGCGUGGACAGAGGAGACUGAUGGAAAAAGUGGAGAAGACAGUCCACACGAAAAUGGGCGGGGCGAAACUUGCACUUUGGAAGCUUGGGUUACAAAGCGUGUACAGUUGGGUGACGAGGCUGGUGCCGCGGCGGCCUAGAAACAGUAGUUUUUGGCCCAGUAGAUAGUUUACUUAUUCAAUU